AUGCGUUGCAACUACUAUGGAAACUCCUGCGGAAGCUAUGGCUAUGGCUCAGGCUGCGGCUAUGGCUGUGGCUAUGGCUUAGGCCGUGGUUAUGGCUGUGGCUAUGGCUCCCAUUCUGGCUCUAAGUGUCGCUAUGGCUCUGGAUAUGGACAUGGCUGUGGCUAUAGCAGUGGCUAUGGCAGUGGCUACGGCUCUGGAUAUGGACAUGGCUGUGGCUAUAGCAGUGGCUAUGGCAGUGGCUACGGCUCUGGAUAUGGACAUGGCUGUGGCUAUAGCAGUGGCUAUGGCAGUGGCUAUGGCUCUGGAUAUGGAUAUGGCAGUGGCUAUGGCUCUGGAUGCUAUGGAUACAGGCCAUUCUACUACAGAAGAUGCUCUUCUUCUUGCUGCUAA